AUGGAUCAGGCGGCCAGCACGCCCGCGAAUCGAAAGCGAUCCUUGACGGAAGCCGAUGUCGAACCCGUUCCGACGCCAGCAUCUCUGAAGCGGCAAAGACUAGAGGAUGCCGGCGCCGGUGCCGAUGCCGGUGCCGCAUCGCCGUCGACUCCGAGUGCAUUGACCGCCAUUGCCUCGGCCAUCUCUGGCGUCUUCGGCAUCGGCCGCCAGCAGCAGAAGCCAGCGGCUGUCGGCAACGAGGCGGCAACGCUGCCAUCGCAGAGGCCCAACGCACCCCCUCCCGCACCGCUUUUUGCCAAGGCACGGCCGGCGAUAAAGCUGGCUGCCCUCCGAGGGACUAAAUGGGACAAGGGGGAUAUCGUCGCGCCCAAGCUGCCGAGGAGGCCCUCGACGACGCCGAAGCGGCCGUCGGGUCAACCCCGUGGCCGGGGAGUCGACGGCGAGCUAGAUUCGCCCUCCAAGCCGCAGGCGGACGGCGUCGGGACCGGCGACGAUCGAUUGGCCGCCCGUGAGGCCGCGACCGUCGACCCAACCCCCAACACGCCGACAAAGGGCGGAAAGGCGGCGAGAAAAGGGCCGUCUGCCUCUGCCGGAAAACCGCCGGCUCCCAAGGGAAUCCUGACACCUACCAAGAGACGCGGCCGCCCGCCGAAGAGCGUCACCUUCAACCGAGGCCUCGACGGCGAGGUCCACUUCGAGCCUCUCGCCAAGACGCCCACCGGCCGCAAGGGACGAGCACCGAGAGCGAGAAAGGUGGACGAGGACGAGGAUGACGACGAGAUUCGGUGUGCGAUAUGCAGCAAGCCCGACUCGAAGGCGCCCAACGAGAUCAUCCUCUGCGACCUGUGCGACUUUGCCGUCCAUCAGGAGUGCUACGACGUUCCGGAAAUUCCAACGGGUGAUUGGCUGUGCAAGUCCUGCGCGCAGGAAGACGUUAUCAAGACGCCGAGCAAGGCGGUCGACGCGGCCGACGCGGCAGCCACGCCUGUGGCCGAGAUUCCCGAGAUUGCCAACCUCGACCGGCACUUGCGGUCGUUUCAACGAGUGCUCCUGGACCGCUGCCUGGGCCGCCGCCGGAUACGGAUGUUCGGCCAGGAGGAGACGUACGACAAGGUCCGGCAGCUCGUGGGCCAGACCGUCAUCGCCGGCGAGGGCAACUCGAUGCUCCUGAUAGGAUCCCGCGGCUGCGGCAAGACGACGGUGAGCGGCGGCGCGUGA